AUGGCCACGCAGCAGCAAACCAUGGCAGCGGCAGCGAUUUCCGCUCUCGUGGCCGUGUUGUUCCUAGUCGCCGCCGUCCACGGGAAUGAGCCGGGGCCUCCGCCGCCGGAGCCGUUGCGCAAGUACCAGACGAUCCACCCGGGGAAGAAGAACCAGGUGCUUACCUGCAGCAAACCCACCGACCACAGCAAGCCAUGCGUGGCCACCUGCCCCAGCCGCUGCCCUGAAGAGUGCCUCGUCUUCUGCCCAACCUGCGCCACCUACUGCCUGUGUGAUUUCUACCCCGGGUUUACCUGUGGUGACCCGCGAUUCACGGGCGCCGACGGCAAUAACUUCUACUUCCACGGUAAGAAGGGCCAGGAUUUCUGUAUAGUCUCUGACGCUGGUCUCCACAUCAAUGCCCACUUCAUCGGUAAGCGUAACCCUGCCAUGAGCCGAGACUUCACAUGGAUCCAAGCCCUCGGCAUCCGCUUCGCUGAGCACCGCCUCUACAUGGGCGCCCAAAAGACCGUCAUGUGGGACGAUGAGGUUGACCGCCUUGAGCUGACCUUCGACGGCAUGCCCAUCGACAUCCCCGACGAAAUUAAUGAGCAAUGGCAAUCCACCACAGUGCCUGCGUUGACCAUCACCAGGACCUCCCAGGCCAACAGUGUCAACAUUGAGCUCAAGGGAGUGUUCGAAAUCUUGGCCAGGAUUGUCCCCAUCACGGAUGAGGACUCGCGCAUCCACAGCUAUGGCAUGACAGAGGAUGACAGCCUCGCCCACUUCGACCUCGGGUUCAAAUUCUACGACCUCACCGACGAUGUACAUGGUGUGCUUGGGCAGACCUACAGCACUAACUACGUCAACAAGCUCAGCGUUAGUGCCACCAUGCCCAUCAUGGGUGGUGGUCCCAGAUAUGUCUCUUCCAACAUAUUCGCCACUGACUGCAAGGUCGCAAGGUUCGGCCGCCAGUUCGGAAUCUCCAUGAUCACAACUAGGGCGACUUGA